AUAGGCAAUAGGAUACAUUUGUGAAAAUUUUCAAAUCCAGGCUAACAGCUAUUAAAGAAAUAAUGGCGCUUUGUCAAUUCGUCUGGUAGAGUAUCAAAUACCUGGUCAUUAUUCGAGUCAUCAGUAUUGUCGGAUCACUGUGUCGGAUUCAUGAGUGUAAUGAAUGGAUGUAAUGAUGCUGGAUGUAAUAAAGAAUGCGGAAUUUAUGCGGUUGCGGAAAGUUAGGUAAUCAAGUGGAAACAGAUAGUUAGAGAAUUGAGAGUGACUGAGAGGUUACAAAGUGUAUUAUAGUUUAUAAAUAUUAGAAUAUUUAUAUUAGAAUAUUUAGAGUUUCAUGUUCUUCCGUUCUUGUAUAUUCUUUGGUCAUGGUUUGAAUGACUUAAACUCCCUGGGAACCUUGCAAUGUGAAUAAGCUUUUCAUGGGUAAACGUUUUUUAAUGAGAAUCAAAAGUAGUUGUGCUGUUGUAGCAAUGAGGUGGUCGGAAGUUUACGUUGGUUGUGCAUUUCAAUGGUGAAAGUCUAAAAGAUAAUUAUUAUUGGGUAGCUGGCAAACACGAUCGGGUAUGGCAUUGAUACAGAGAAGGGUGAAUUUUGAUGAAACGUGGCAAAAAAUAUCUGAUACCGUUGAUGCAGUUAUCUGCUUGAAGAAGGUCACAACAAAAGAUUGGAAUGAAAGAUUCACAGAUGUGUAUUCCAUGUGUGUUGCUUACCCUGAACCUCUUGUGGAAAGGUUGUAUGAGGAAGUUAAGAAGCUACUCACUUCCCAUGUAGAUAAAAUUUAUAAAGAGAUAUCUUCUGAAACAUACUACCUUCAAUUGUAUCAUAAACAUUGGUCGCAAUAUUACGGCGGAUGCCGCUUUUUAAAUCUGCUAUUUCGCCAUUUAAAUCAACAUAUUAAGAAGGAGAGACAAGAUGGUGGAGAUAUUUCACCGUUCGUCGUCGCCGGUUCCGAGGUUGAAAAUAUGCUUGAAGUUGGUGAGCUUGCAUUGGAAAUUUGGAGAGAAGCCGUAAUAGAACCCAUGAAGGAAAAGUUAGUUGCAGAAAUCUUGGUCGAGAUAGGAAGAGAUCGAAAUGGUGAGAACACCCAGCACAGCGUAAUCAAGGCAGCCAUUGAAUCAUUUGUUGUCGUUCAAGAGUAUUAUAUUCGAGGGAAACUACAGCUUUACGAAUCUGAGUUCGAACGAAAACUGCUGGAAGAAACACGAGAAUUUUACCGAACGGUGUCUGCGCGACUUGUAUCUGAAUUCACAUGUUCCGUUUACUUAGUCAAGGCAGAUAAUUUGAUUCGGGAAGAAAAGAUCCGAGCUUCACGACUUUUUCACAAUUCUUCCACAAACAAAGUGAACAAAGAAUGUGAGGGACAGUUGGUUGAAAGUCAUGUAAAUUUACUGCAAUCUGAAUGCAAACAAAUGAUAAGAGAUGAAAAUCUUGAAGAUCUUGGAAGAAUGUAUUCCUUGAUGAAAUCUAGUGUGACUGGUUUACGGUCGAUGGUUCAACUUUUGGAGGACAACAUAAAAGAGAAAGGAUUGGAAACCGUACGUUGUAUUGACGCUGAAAAGACUCCGCAUAAUUAUGUCGAUGCUUUACUACGAAUACACAGAAAGUAUUUCAACCUAAUCAACAACACAUUCAAUGGCGAUAAAGCAUUUUUUAAGGCUCUGGAUCAGGCAUGUUACGUUAUUGUCAAUACCGAAAAGUCCUCAAAGAAGAGCUCUCAGUCUGCAGAAUUGUUGGCGCGCUAUGCAGAUUCGAUUUUAAAGAAAAGCCAAAGAAAUUUAAACGAAAGCGAACAAGAGGAGAAAAUGGCUGAUAUAAUCAUAGUAUUUAAGUAUCUUGACAAUAAAGAUGUCUUUCAAAUGUUUUUUGCGAAGAUGUUGGCAAAACGUCUAAUUCAUAAUCUGUCAGUUUCCAUGGAUGCAGAAGAAAAUAUGAUCAACCGCCUGAAGCAUACUUGUGGCUAUGAAUAUACGAACAAUCUUCAUCGAAUGUUCACCGACAUGAGCUUGAGUGGAGAUCUAAACAAAAAUUUUAUUGAUGGGUUGAAGGACACUGAUCGCAGACUCGAAAUCAGCACGUCGUUUCUUAUACUGCAGUCCGGAGCUUGGCCACUUGCUCAGAAUCCUGUUUCUCCUCUAACGAUACCUCAAGAGUUUGCGCAAGCAAUUACUUUGUUUGAAGAGUUCUAUAACAAAAGAUUUAACGGACGGAAAUUAACAUGGCUCCAUCACCUUUCAAACGGAGAAAUUCGUUUGAACUACUUAAAGCGACCAUACAUCGUCACAGCUUCAAGUUACCAAAUAGCUGUUUUACUUUUGUUCAAUCAUUCCGAUUCUAUCAACUACAGGGAAAUUUCUUCCCAAACCGAUAUCCAUCCUAAGGAGUUGGAUAAAACUUUAAAAUCACUGGAUGAUGCUAAAAUUCUGGUAUCAACUAAGGAAGGUGAAUUAGAAAAUGGAACUUUGUCCCUCAACACUAAUUUUACUAGCAAAAGAACAAAAUUGAAAAUUACCGUUCCUGUUAUGCGCGAAACUGCCCAGGAGGUCCAUCAAUUCCGUACCUCAAUUGACGAAGACAGAAAGUUGUAUGUACAGGCAACAGUUGUUCGGGUAAUGAAAGCGCGGAAAGUUCUUAAGCAUAACGUUCUGAUGCAAGAGGUAAUCAGCCAAUCAAAGACUAGGUUUGCACCAAGUGUGUCCAUGAUUAAGAAAGCCAUCGAGUCCCUAAUUGAAAAACAAUAUAUAGAACGAAAAGGAGGGAGCAAAGAUGAAUAUACAUAUCUGGCGUAGUUGCAGUAGUUACAAAGGAAGGAAUCUUUAGAAACCGAACUCGGACAACGAUGUGUUUUCGAAAAAACUAAUUCUGCUUUUUUUAAACCCAAAGUAAUGAGUCGUGUUUCCUUUUGGUGCAUUGUAAAUAGACGAAGCUACAUAGGGCUACCACUCAAUUGAUCGUCAUUCUCUUGCCGAAGUUUUGUAAUUUUUCUAAUAAAUAUAUAUUGAUCAUUUUUAAAGCAGUCGAAGUGCUUAACCCGAGAUGUUAA